AUGCACAUCCUGGUCGUUAACGACGAUGGUCCCCCAAGCACCAAGCUCUCACCAUACCUUCGCCCGCUAGUCAAAACCCUGGAAGCAAACGGCCACCAGGUCUCCGUAGCAAUCCCAGCAUCCUCACGUUCCUGGAUCGGCAAAGCCCACAUAAUCGAAGCCUCCCUAACAGCCAGCUACGUGCACCCAGACGCGUUCCGAGCCGACGGCAGCUGGGACGAGAGCUUCGAAUCCCCAGACCCUUCCAACGACUGGGUUGUGAUUCGCAAUGGCACACCGGCCAGCUGCGCACAGCUAGGUCUGUACAACCUAUUCAGCGAGCGUGCACCGGUCGACCUCGUCAUCUCGGGCCCGAACCACGGCCGCAAUGCCUCCACCAUCUACAAUCUGUCCUCGGGGACUGUAGGCGGUGCGCUGGAGGCGGUGUUCUGUGGUAAGCGCAGUAUUGCUAUCUCGUUUGGUAGCAAGGAUCCACAGCCCGAUGAUAUUAUCGCCGCUGCGGCGAGACUGGCUGUUAGAGUUGUGUGGCAUCUGUAUGAGAAUUGGGAUGAUCGGGUUGAGCUUUAUAAUAUCAAUAUUCCCAUGUGUCUUGAUGUUGAGGAGAGGCCUGUGCUUUAUACGCGCACGUUGCCAUAUUAUUGGUCGAGGGGGUGUUUGUAUGCUGAGAAGGGGGCGGGGAAGAAGGUUAAUGGUGUGAAUGGUGUGAAUGGUAUGAACGGUGUUUAUGUCAAUGGCGAGACCAAUGGCAUAAAUGGCGAAGCGAAUGGCACAAAUGGAACGAAUGGCAUUAACGGCACGGCUGUUAAUGGACAUGCAUCUGCGCCCCGACAGCGCCAGUUUAAGUGGUCCGCUGAUUUAUCGGACAUGAAGAAAAGGUUGCAGGAGAGUGAAGUGGGCACGGAUGCUCAUACCGUGCUUAAUGGGUCAACCAGUGUGACUGCGCUCCGAGCCAAUUUCUGGCAUGUCCCCGGUCUUGAAGGGCCGCUGAACAUUGAUUGUUGA